AGCCACAGUGGAGCGCUGCAAGAGUUAAAGCAGAAGAAGAAGAAGAAGAAGAAUUAAAGCACAUCGCUGGAAUGAUGCAAAAGAGACUUCCUGAGGAUCUGGAAUAUAAUAAUUGCCUGGUCUCCCCUUGACUGAAACAGACACUGGCCAAAGAUCGUACUGAGAAGCGUUGCACAAUGCCAGACUCACCUGUGGAUGUAAAGACGCAAUCCAGGUUGACACCUCCAACAAUGCCCCCUCCCCCAACUACACAGGGAGCCCCAAGAACAAGCUCAUUCACACCCACAACAUUAACAAAUGGCACAAGUCAUUCACCAACAGCACUGAAUGGAGCUCCGUCCCCUCCUAAUGGCUUUAGUAAUGGACCUUCAUCCUCCUCCUCUUCUUCGCUGGCGAAUCAGCAGUUGCCUCCAGCAUGUGGUGCACGGCAGCUCAGUAAAUUGAAGAGAUUCCUUACCACAUUACAGCAGUUUGGCAAUGACAUUUCACCAGAAAUUGGGGAAAGAGUCCGCACACUUGUCCUGGGAUUAGUGAAUUCUACACUGACAAUUGAAGAAUUUCAUUCCAAACUGCAAGAAGCGACCAACUUUCCACUGCGACCCUUUGUCAUCCCAUUUUUGAAGGCCAAUCUGCCUCUGCUGCAGCGGGAACUUCUGCACUGCGCAAGACUCGCCAAGCAGAACCCAGCCCAAUACCUAGCUCAGCAUGAGCAGCUGCUCCUGGAUGCCAGCACCACCUCGCCUGUUGACUCAUCAGAACUGCUUCUUGAUGUGAAUGAAAACGGGAAGAGGAGAACUCCUGAUAGAACCAAAGAAAAUGGCUUUGACAGAGAGCCUUUGCACUCAGAGCAUCCAAGCAAGCGGCCGUGCACUAUAAGCCCUGGCCAGCGGUUCAGUCCAAAUAAUGGCUUAUCCUAUCAACCCAAUGGUCUGCCUCACCCUACCCCACCACCACCUCAGCAUUACCGUUUGGAUGAUAUGGCAAUUGCCCACCACUACAGGGACUCAUACAGACACCCCAACCUCAGGGACAGAAACAGACCUAUGGGGUUGCCAGCAGCACGUCAAGAAGAAAUGAUAGACCAUAGACUAACAGACAGAGAGUGGGCAGAAGAAUGGAAGCACCUUGAUCACCUAUUAAACUGCAUAAUGGAUAUGGUGGAAAAAACAAGACGAUCCCUCACUGUGCUACGGCGAUGUCAAGAAGCAGAUCGGGAAGAGCUCAAUUACUGGAUCAGGCGGUACAGUGAUGCGGAGGAUUUAAAAAAAGGUAGCAGCAGUACCAGCCAUUCCAGACAACAGAGUCCAGUGAAUCCAGAUGCUGUCCCCUUAGAGUCACAUCGGGAAUUCCUUCAUAGACCUGCUUCUGGAUAUGUGCCAGAGGAGAUUUGGAAAAAAGCGGAAGAAGCAGUAAACGAGGUGAAAAGACAGGCUAUGACAGAAUUACAGAAAGCAGUGUCUGAAGCAGAAAGAAAAGCCCAUGAAAUGAUUACUACAGAACGAGCAAAAAUGGAAAGAACAGUGGCAGAAGCAAAGAGGCAAGCUGCAGAGGAUGCGCUGUCUGUUAUUAAUCAGCAGGAAGACUCAAGUGAGAGUUGCUGGAACUGCGGACGGAAGGCGAGUGAAACUUGCAGCGGCUGCAACACCGCCCGGUAUUGCGGAUCUUUUUGUCAGCACAAAGACUGGGAGAAACACCAUCACAUCUGUGGACAGACUCUUCAAGCCCAACAGCAGGGGGAGACACCAGCAGUCAGUUCAUCGGUUACACCCAGUAGUGGCACAGGAAGCCCCAUCGACACACCACCAGCAGCCACGCCACGGUCUACCACUCCUGGUACACCAUCCACCAUAGAGACAGCUGCCCGUUAAAAAAAUACUGAUAAACUGAAUUCUUUGAAAACUUUAAAAACUCAAUGAAACCAAGUCCUCAUACUCAGAUAUUCAAAGAUGUAAAGGUGAACUAUCCUAAUUCAGUGAUACAAUAACAAUGAACUACUUUUACCUUGAGGUAGUAAUAAAAAAAACGUGAAGGCCAGUAACGGGUCACAAUAACUUCUUACCGAAAUCAAAGAUAUCUUUUCAUUAGAAGACUGAGAGUACAAAAUAUAACAAUGUUAAAAUUGACCUCCUCCCUGAUAUUUUUCAGUAGCUGGGAUUUUAAACUAGAUGACCUCAUUAACAGAUGCUUUACCAAACAGCGAACCAAGAGAUUGCUAACUGCUGUUGAGAGCAAAAAAAAUGAAAAAUGCUAACGUGAAAAACAAAAUCACAUUGUUCUAUCUAGCGAUGAAGGAAAAAGGAAACGGUGACAAAACCUCCUUAAGGGCAUGAGAGUCAGAAACAGCAGUAGACAUUUAACAAGAUAACGAAUGGCGUCCACGGGAAACGGACUGAUAUUUGAAGACCCGCUACAAAAA